AUGAUGCACCCGUCGAGGCAAGCCCGCGUCGAUGACGAGCCCAUGUCAGGUAUUGCGCUCGAAGAUCUCCCCGAAGAUCACGACUACCAUAUCCCCACGAACAUCGCCGGCGCGUCGUCCGAAAAAGCAUCCGCCAUCCUUGACCAGCUUAAUCGCAAACGACUCGCAGCUACCAUCGCUGUCCCCACCGACGAUGGACGUGUACGAGCAAAGCUCCGCGAGAUGGGCGAACCCAUCACCCUUUUCGGAGAGGGUCCUGGCGACCGACGAGACAGACUGCGCGAGCUUAUGACGAUUCAAGUCGAGCAGGCAGGCGGCGAGGCGGCCGACGUCACCAUGGAGGACGCCGAAGAGGACGAGGACGAGGCGGAGGAAGAAUUCUACUCUCGCGGCGGUCCGGCGCUUCUUGAGGCGCGCAUCAACAUUGCCAAGUACUCUCUGCCGAGGGCCAAGCAACGGACAGCCUUUCAGCGGCUUGAGUGCAAGAUUCCUCUGCGUUCGCAGGUAAAGUUCCGCAAGCACAUGAAGGAGCGACUUGCCGCGUUUGAGCUGCAAGGCAGCCAGAUUGUCGGUGAGCGCAACAUUAGCAUGACGAGAAUGUCGCCCAACAGCGAGCUUGUCGCCGUCGGGAAUUGGGGCGGACAGGUCAAGCUCCUCGGGGUGCCAAAUCUCGAUGAAAAAAUGACAUAUCGUGGACAUACAAACAAGAUUAGCGGCAUCUCCUGGUUCCCCGGCGCUACGUUGCCCGAGUCCGGUGUGUCUUCUGAUGCGGUCAACUUUGCAUCGGGCGGCGCAGAGGGCCUGAUCAACCUCUGGUCCCUGAACCAAGACACGCCGCUCGCCACCCUGCAAGGGCACUCGCAACGUGUAUGUCGCGUGGAGUUCCACCCAUCGGGGCGAUACCUUGCGUCAGCUUCGGAAGAUACGUCUUGGCGACUCUGGGAUGUCGAAACAAGCAAGGAGCUUCUGCUACAGGAAGGCCACUCAAGAGGCGUCUACGCCGUCAGCUUCAACAAUGACGGGUCUUUAAUAGCCAGCGCUGGGCUGGACAGUAUCGGAAGAAUAUGGGAUGUGCGAUCAGGCAGGACCGUUAUGAUCCUCGACGGCCACCAAGACGGCCAUAUCAAGCCCAUUUACGCGCUGGAUUGGAGCGCAGACGGACACAGAGUGCUGACUGGAUCGGCCGAUGGCUGGAUCAAGUGCUGGGACAUCCGCAAAGUGCAGAGAACAGGGGGGUUUGGCGCCCACAGCAGCGCCAUCUCGGACGUGCGCUGGUUCAAGGGCCUGGACGACCCGUUAGAUGGCAUGCCCCUGCCGUUGGACGACAAGGGCGUGCAGACACCGAAAAAGACGGGCACAUUCGUGGUAUCGGCUGGCUUUGACCACAAUGUCAAAGUCUUCUCCGCGGACGACUGGAGCAUAAUACAGACUCUCAGCGGCCAUACAGGCCCAGUCACCUCGGCCGACUACAGCAGAGACGGCAGAUGGAUUAACAGGCGCCCGCGCCCCCUGGGCAACCGCGAUCGCCGCCGCCGCCGCCGCCGCCAGGGCCGGCACACGCCCGCCGCGGCGUCGGCGCCGUCAGGGUCUCAAACGCCGCUGCCGGGCGCGAACCAGUGGUCCUUCUCGCCGGACGAGGUGCUGAGCACGCCGUCGGUGUUGGACGGCCUGUCGCCCGAGGAGGAGCGCCUGCGCCGUGCCAAGGGCGUCAACUUUGUGUACCAGGCGGGCGUCAUGCUCGACCUGCCGCAGAUCACGCUCUGGGUGGCGGGCGUCUUCUUCCAUCGCUUUUACAUGCGGUGCAGCAUGGUGCAGGAAAAGGGCGGGAUACAUCAUUAUAACAUUGCCGCGACGGCACUAUUCCUCGCCAACAAGGUCGAGGAAAACUGCCGCAAGACAAAGGACAUUAUCAUUGCCGUUGCCAAGGUCGCGCAGAAGAACGCCAAGCUCAUCAUCGACGAGCAGAGCAAGGAGUACUGGCGCUGGCGCGACAGCAUCCUGACGUACGAGGAGGUGAUGCUCGAGCAGCUGACCUUUGACGUCAUGGUCGACAACCCCUACCGCAACCUCUUCGAGCUGCUCGGCAAGCUCGACAUCGUGCACAACAAGCACCUGCGGCAGGCCGCGUGGGCCUUUUGCAAUGACGCCUGCCUGACGGCGCUGCCGCUGCUCGUUGACGCGCGCGACGUCGCCGUCGGCGCCAUCUUCUUCGCCAGCGCGCACACGAACCAGCAGAUCGACGACGUCCGCGGGGAGCCCUGGUGGCGGUACCUGCGCGGCGACGAGGCCCGUUGCGCGACCGCGGUCGAGGUCAUGCGCCAGUUCUACACAGAGAACCCGCUGCGCAAGCAAAACCCGAGCUUACCGUCGCCGGCGUUCCACCUGGAGCACACGCGUCGUAAGGGGGACGCGGCCAGUGGCGGCGCGGGGUCGGGGACGGACCCGCUGCUGUCGCCGAAUAACGCGAGCACACCGUGGGACAGGGAGAGUCACAGCCCGGCGGCGCGGACCAACGGGGACGGUAGCAGUGGCGGCGCGGACAGGAGGUUGGCGGACCCUCCGCGCUCGCAGCCUGAUGGGGACACGCCUAGGUCGACGACGGUGAAGAGGAAGGAGGCGGACGCCGAGGCGCUGGGCGACGGGGGGCGGUCCGAGAAACGACCCCGGAUGUCCGAGGAUGAGGGCGAGGUGGAAGAGUGA